AUUAAUGUUUAUAAAUAUUUUCAAUAAAUUUCUCAUCAUAGCAGAUAUAAAAAUAUCUUGGUACCCAAAUUUUCAUUUAACAACACCCAUGCCUCAUCCAGUACUUUAUGCUCAUCGCCAGCUCGCCUACCUGUUGCCAACUAAACUUUUUUCGAGCAGGCUAACAAAAAGGUGAGUUAAGAGCCGCUCGCCCCAACUCCGGAGCGCAGUUUGGUUGAGCUAGUCGAGCGGUGAGGUUGCUCGGCGGUCGGUUUCUCCACCGAAUCGGAUCAGAUCGGAUCGCAUCGCAAGUCGAGCUUAAAGUGUCCAGCGGUUCACCCGUCGUGGCGCAGUCGGUACGUGGAUAUAAGCUCUUUACUGGGCUCAGCUGAAAGCUGAAAAACACCCAUGCUCGCCAGUUGAUCGUGCGGAACCCCAAUCGGCUAAACAGCAAAAAAGUACAAUUUUGAACAAAAACAGACGCUACUGCUACUGUUGCUGCUACUGCUGCUGUAAUUAGUAAGAGACUUACCCACCUCAGACUCAGGUUCAGAAAAAGACAGACUCGCCCCCCCCUGCGGCGGGGGAGUGUGAAAAAUAUAUAUAUCUAUAUAUAUAGAUAGCUAUCAAUGCGGCGACGUCGUCGAUUCCGCCGCUUUCAAUGACGCGACAAGUACAACAAUCAACAAAAUUCGCGCAUGGAAUUGAGCAACAACAACGAUUCGGCCUUCUCCGUAUUGGCAGCGGCCUAGCGCCGGCAACGAAAAUAAAAACAAAUUGUUUGUGAUUAAGUAAACAAAACAAGAUCAGUUAAAUAAUAACAAAAAAACUAAGUCAGAAGGAGGAAUUGUGUGCAAACAAUGACUGUCUCAUAUGCGGGUGAAGUGCCAAAUGGGAGCAGUUUCGGCUGCUUCUGGAAGAUCCUCUGGAAAUGGCGCGGCAGUGUUUACAAACUGGUGUGGCGCGAAUUGAUUGCGUAUCUGUGCCUUUACUACACCAUAAAUGUUAUCUACAGAUUCGGCCUGACAUCCAGCCAGCAGGCAAUUUUCAACAAGAUCCGACAGUAUUUUGGCCAGCAGGGCGAGAGCAUACCCAUGUCCUUUGUGCUGGGCUUCUAUGUGAAUCUGGUGGUGAAACGCUGGUGGGAGCAGUACCGUCUCCUGCCCUGGCCCGACACUCUGGCCCUCUUCAUCAGCGCUGCCAUUCCCAACUCCAAUGGCGGAGUAAAUAACGAAACUGGGCGCCUGAUGCGACGCAACAUUAUGCGCUACAUGGUCCUGGCCUAUGUGAUCACCCUCCAGAGGAUAUCCCUCCGGGUAAAGCGCCGCUUCCCCACCACCCAGCACCUGGUGGAUGCGGGCCUGAUGCACGAGUCCGAGAUGAAGAUCUUCGAGGCCCUCAACCAGAAGAGCCCCAUGUCCAAGUACUGGAUGCCCCUGGUCUGGGCCACCAACAUCAUCAACAGGGCCCGAAAAGAUGGCCUAAUAGCCUCGGAUCACAUAGUGCAAACUAUUUUGGUGGAACUUUCGGAUAUUCGUCGACGUUUGGGUGGUCUCAUUGGCUACGAUACGGUCUGUGUUCCUCUGGUCUACACUCAGGUGGUUACCCUGGUGCUGUACACCUACUUUAUAGCCGCCCUUCUGGGCCGCCAGAUGCUGCCCAAUGUCUUGGACAAAAACGGCCGUGAAGAUCCCGAUCUGUUCUUUCCCCUCUUCACAGUUUUGCAGUUCGUUUUCUACGUGGGCUGGCUGAAAGUGGCCGAGGUGCUAAUCAAUCCCUUCGGCGAAGAUGACGACGAUAUAGAGCUCAACUGGCUCAUUGACCGGCACAUCAAGGCUGCCUACAUGAUCGUGGACGAGAUGCACGAAGAGCACCCGGAGCUGCUGCGCGACCAGUACUGGGAGUGCGUGGUGCCCAAGGACCUGCCCUAUACAGUGGCCUCCGAGCACUACAGGCGGGACGAGCCCAAGGGAUCCGCCGAGAAGUACAAGGUCAAGAAGGAGGACGCCAUGUAUGCCAACAUUAUGCCUGGAGGCGGCAAGCGGAUACUUAGCGACGAUGUCUAUGCAGACUAUGAAAGUGUGGACACUCCGAUGGUGGAGCGGCGGAAAAACAAUUGGCUUGUACGGCAGCUUUCCCGCAUGGGUUCGAUGAGGAGCCAGUCCACGGCCUACUCCUCCGGCGGACUGCCCUUCAACCGGAAUCGCCUCAACUCCGUGUAUUCUAGUCCCGAGUCCGGUCUGCCGCUGUCCAUCAUGCAACAGCAGCAGCUGCAACAGGCGCAGCAGCAACAGCAGCAGGUUGGCUCGCAACCAACCAAGUCCAGUCUCUACGGCAAGUUUGUGCAUCGCAAGUCUCUAAGGGCACAGCGUCAGUUAAUCAAGCAAAAUUCCAAACUAAACGGCUUAAACGUAAAUGUUGCCAAUAAGGUUAGGCCGCGAAUUCCCACACCCGAGGUGGCCAAGGAUGGCAACACGAAUCCAGCCACGAGUGCAGUCCUAAUGGCACCACAGCAGCUAGGCACCCCCAGCGCACCACCGGGCCUGUUCCCGGCCACCUACACUACCGACCACACCAGCACCACCACAGCAAUGCACCCGGAGAGCGGCCAGGUGCUGGGCACGCUGCUCCUCUCGCCCAUCAAAGAGAUGGAUAGCUCAUCGUCCAAUAACACUCUGAUUCCAGGACAUCCGGCCACCGCAGCCCUGGCAGCCAGCAUGAAGGAGGGCUUCAUGCCAAGCAAUAUUCCACCUGCCGCCAAUAUAACAACCUUGUCCUUCCCGUUCACGGUGACCAGCAGUGGCGGGGACACCAUUCCCACGGGCACUCUUAGCAUCCUGCCCAUCACGGCCAAUGCUCAACUGCCCACGAUCACCACCACGGCCAGUGGAUACGAUCCGAACGAUGUGAUCACCACGAUACCCGUUUCCCUGUCUAUCCAGCGGUCGCCAUCAGCCCUGUCCAUUGUGGAGCUCACCGGCGCCGAUGGCCAGGAUGGCUACAGCAACAGUGGAUCCAGCAACGGCAACGGUGGCAUCACCACCACCGCCUUGCUAUCCGUUAAGCCUCUAAAUGGCCAUCCCAAUAUCUCGCGGAACAGCAGCUUCAAUGUGAACCUGAACCUUCAGGAUCCGAGAUCAUCCGUCCGAUCCGUGGGACCUACUGAUACAGUGGACAAUGCCUCGUUAGCCACGAUGCCGUUGGCCCACAAGAGCGGCGGUCAGGACAGUGGUGCAGGGGGAUCCUCGGCUCCCUCCACCCUGGCAAAGCACAAGCCGGAACAAAAGACCGGGGAGGUGUAUGUGUGACACUGACAACCUCAUGUUGAAUCUUCACGGUUUUAGAUUCGAUUGGAUUCGAGAUUUGAUCGCGAACCGAAUCACGUAAUUAGGUUUAGGACCCGCUGGCAUUAAGCCACCCCGGAGCCACUAAGAUAUUAUUAGUAGUGCGGAAGGUCGGUCAGUUUGGCAUUUAUCUAGGAGGCCGAAGAGGUAUUUUGAGAAGCUUUUGGCGAAAUACUUCUUUAAAUAUCACUAAUUUAUACGUUUUAUAAUCGACAAUUUUAAAUAGUAAAAGAAUUCUAGACAAAAAUUUAAUAAUUCUAUUAAAUAAUAGAACAAAUGCAAAAUGCAAAUAGUUAGUUUUUAUCUGAUACCCAUUUUCUUUUAAUUGGUUCGUAGUUGAUGAAAACUUUUUUUAAAUAAUAUGAUAACUUUUAACCAAUGAUUUAGAUAGAAGAGAAUUUGAUUUUAUCAAAAUAUUUUACAAUUAUAUAAUUAUUAUCCACCUUUUAAAUCAAAUCUGCGUGUAAACUAGUGUUACUUAUGGAAGUGCAACCGAUAAGAGCCAAGCUGUAGACUUGUUAACCCCUUCGGCAUUCGCUCAGCUCAACAAAUGUCUAGUAAAUGCAAAUAUGUUAUCACCCGACCGCAUCCGUAACUCUACAGUUGCUUUGUAUAUAAUUAGCUAUGAUGUAAGGAACGGACUUAUUGUUUUGGCACUUGCCAUAUUAGUUAAGCCUUCGAAUGAUUGCAAAACCCUUUAUGAAGAAUCUCUAUCUCGUGUAAAUAAACCAACACAGUAUGUGAUAUGCGAUUGUUAUCCAGCUAGAUUUUGUAUCUUUGCAAGUACAGAUAAAUGUGUGCAUAGUUUAUAUUCCGUAAUGAUAAUCCAUUAUAUUGUAAAUGUAGGAAAUCUAUGCAAUUCUGGCCUCUGCACAAAAAGAGGCAACUACUUAUAGCAUGCCUAUAUAUUUAAAUAAAAUUUAUUACCUAA